UCCCUUCUCUCUCGCUUUCUAUAUCAGUCUUAAGUAUUGGAACUCCCGCGCAAACAACUGAGAUUUUUAAUUUCGGAUAUCUCCUCGGAAUAAUAUUCUCUCCUUUAAAAAAAGAAAAGCCUAUGCUCGGAAUACGCUAACCUGGUGACGGAUAUUGCAAGGUUUUUUCGUUAUCCGCGAUCGUGUUUCUCUGCUUUUUUUCUUUCUCUUUUAUCUUCUUCUCUUAUCUCAAUUUUGUCUGGAAGGAAGUUUUUGGUGAGAAGAGUUACACAUCUUUAGAAGAUAAUGGCGCACAGGAUGUAUCGACCGAUCUUUAUCUUCUCCUUUUUAGUGACGAUCCUGGUUAUGCAUUGUCAAACGGUCCAUAGUUAUUCUGGUGGUAGAGGUGAGAAGACCUUGGUGAAUAAACUAAUGACUGAGUACGGCCACAAGGCUGCUAGACCUGUGCGUGAUGCUGCCAGACCUGUCUGGGUGUACUUCAGGUUUCUACCAUCACAGAUUAUCAAAUUCGAUGAGACGCAACAGCAAUUGACCAUCAUGGCUUACAUGAGGAUGAGCUGGAGAGACGAGUUUAUCACCUGGAAUCCGGAUGACUAUGAUGGUAUAGAGCUUCUCGCUCUCCGCCCAUCAGAUCUGUGGUUACCCGACAUUGCACUUUACCAAAGUUGUAGCAAGGAGUUCAUCAGCUACCAAGAGACGUAUGUCCUCUGUCUGUACAAUGGAACUUGUGACUGGCAUUUUCCCGCAAUCUUGACGAGCACCUGUAAAGUGGACGUUCGCUAUUUUCCCUUCGACAUACAGCUUUGUGAUCUCACAUUUGGAGCAUGGAGUGCUGACGUCACGAUGGUUGAAUUACACACCUUUGAAGUCCCCGAUGACACCUCAGACGAUAUAUUGCCAAAAACGGAGUUUGGACGCUCGAAUCGUUUACCGCCAUAAACCCGCCCGUUCUACGUCUGCUGCCCGCACAACUUUACGGAAAUUAAAUACACGCUCCGACUCCGAAGAGAGUCGGCUUUCUUCACCAAGGUGGUCGUCGUCCCGUCCGUUCUCCUCACCAUGUUGAUGGCUCUCACAUUCUGGUCUCAUCCAGACUCGGGUGAGAAGGUGACCUUAGCAAUUAGCAACCUCCUCGCCAUGAUACUCUUCCAGCAACUCGUCGCCGAUAGCAUGCCGCCCAUAGGGGACACCACGUCCGUGCUCGUUACUUUCUUCUUCAUCAUGAUUGCAUUGGGCUGUGGAGCUGUGGUAUGUGCAGUCAUCGUACUACGGAUCUACCAUAGUGGCGGUGAACGCCACAUGCCAACGUGGCUCAAAUUUAUCAUCAUAAAACGGUUACAGCGCAUGCGCAAGAGAAGACAUAGUCUACCAGAAGUCGUCACUGCCGCAGAAAAACAACCCAGGGACACAAAAUCUGCUUACAGCACGAUUAACGUGGAAGGUCCAAAUGGCAAAGGACCCCACAUGAUGCGCCAGACCAACUCUCAUUCUAACUCUCAUUCUAACUCUAACUCACAUGGUCACAACCAUGGUCAGGGCCACAAUCACGGCCACAACCAUGGCAGCGAUAGCGGUGGCGAGGAGGUACACGACAACGAGAACAGCCAGCUGUACGAGCCCAAGCUCAUUGACCACAAGCUUAAGAUGAAGUCGCGCUUCCAUCAACGCGACAACAAGAACAAGGAACUUAACGCCCUGCUCUGGAGGGAGUUCGCGCUCGCCCUCGACAAGGGACUGGGAAUCUUCGUGGCGAUGAUCAUCGUCGGUGAAUGUCUCUAUGUCAUGAUCAUCUUCAUCGCCAUGCCCAAUUGGGACAUCAUUAACAUGAACACCUAGGACUACAUCGGCAUCGAGUCUGUACGACGAUGAUGACGACAACGACGUCACUUGAGUAUUACCAUUUGAGAGACGAUAAACGCGCCAAUAACUCUAGGAAGAAUAGUCUUUGCAUGAUUGUCGAACACUGGAUACAUGGAAUCAUCAAUGUGUUGACCGACAGGAGAGGCUAAAUUCUACGAGAGAACAAUAAUUGUCUCAGAUAAUUAUGAUCCAUUCAAGAUCUCAUUGCAACUAAUAAGAAUUGAACUUUUGUAGCGAUAGAUGGCGCUUUUCCAAGUUGUGCGGUAGUGGUUCGUCAGUCACAUGUGCCGUAGGGGUAUACAAACAGGCAACCAUUCGCACUGUGAAGGAAGUGCAUAUAUACACUGUUGGUCAUAAU